GCUUUAUGACCGCAACAAAGGGUUCCAUUCACCCAACGACCUCAGGUCGUCGUCGUCGCCCCUCCAAAUAAUCCCAAAUGUACUCUCCGACCAAAGAUCAAUCCAAAUGAGCUCCCGAUCAACCCCACGACGGAGAAAAGUUGUCUCGACGUCCCACGCGCUGGACCUUCUAAACAACUUAAACGCCAACAACAACAACAACGUCACUCGCCAGCCAAAGUCCAGCGCCCGUACCCGUGCCCGCGCCCGCUCGUCCCGUCGCCGCAAGAUCGACGACGUACCGUUUCCCCAGAGUGAUGAUAUCUGGGAAGUCCCCGAUGAUACAAAUCAUGAUCGAUCUGAACACGUCCCUGCGCCGGAGCCCUUGACUCCCCGUCGAUCGUCGACUAGGUUGCUGGCGAAAUCGGGUGGGAAAACUACGUCCUUGAGGAAGGCUACGCGUCGCGCGAAGGUGAAGUCUGGUCCUGAGCCUCAGCAAGAGUUUGGAGGGGGCUCUGAGAAUCACCCUGACAAAGAAGCGGAGGAAUACACCAAUCCGGUUGAGGAAGACCACGGGAGUGGUGAAAGUGACGCGAAUUAUGUGGAUGUUGUAGAGGACCACGGAGACAAUGGGUUUCCCCAACCUGUGCUCGAUUCGCCUCAUAACGUCCCUCAGUCGAACCGACUUUCUCCCUUUGAUAUUCCAAAACGGGUGUCAGAUCUAGGAUUAGCUCUACAUGGGAGAACGGAUGAGAGUGGCGAUCGAUCACCCGAGCAGCCAGAUGAGCCACGCUCUGGCUCUGAUGAUGCUGUCAGUGCUCACGAACAUCAGAGAAGCUCUCCCGCCGUCGCUAUCGUAAAUCCUGCUACGGACGUCCGGAGCUCUGUGGGCAGGGCAGAAUCGUCAGCUCGUUCGCCAGAGUCCUCCAGAGAGAAUACUCUACCGGAGGACACCUCGCAGCAUUCGCAUGUACAAGGAGAAUCAGGGGGCUUGGCUGAUGGAGUGGAGCUCGAUGAGGCAGAGGAUGGGGGCGACCGAGAAGACCACACAAGCAUCGCCGUCGGGGACAAGUCUUCGGUUCAUGGUCCAACAGAUGACGAGGGCAGCGUGAGAGAUCGACCCAUACGACCUGGGUUGUUUAGGUACGAAAGCGACCCAGAGGAUCUGUCUACGCCGCCAAGCAAAAGACGUCAAACCUCGAAUCAACAGCCAGUCUCAGAACGUCAAGGACGGAUUCGUCGAAGAAGCAUUGAGACGUCUCGAGCUGUCACCUCGAACAAUCAUGAAGACCAGACCGAGCCUCUACAACCCCGUCACAGCCCAAACGACACCGAACAAUAUGCUGAGGAUAUGUCCGACGAUUACUCCGAGGAUGAUUUCGACGAGGAAGAGGCAUGGUUGCACCAGGCACUCAAAAUGGCUGGCCAGAAGAACAACUGGGACGCUUUGGUGGUUCAAGCUCACCACGUGCAAAAAACCGACAACCCUUCUAUGGCCGAAUACUUUGAUGACUUUGGGGAUCUAACUUCCACAUUACAACAGAAAUAUAUGGAGAUUGUAGGCUACUUAAACGCCGGGCGUGGACCUCGCCACGCGACCGUGCGUGAAUGCGAUGAGCUCCUGAACGCAAUUCGCAGUGAUGGGACCACUUCAGUGGACUAUAUCGUCGAACAUAAAGACGACGAACCAGAAAUAGGCCGACCCAGCAGUGAAGAGACGCUGGACGAAUUUGAAGCCUGUCUGGUAUCAGGAAUGAUGGGCGUGUUGCUCGCCUGUUUCGAAGCUUACUGCAAGGAAGACGGGCUCUUUCCCAAAGCCUACGAACACCUGCACCGGGUGCUAGAUGUGUUUUUACGACUAUGCUACAAGAUCUACUGUGUAGUCGAUGCGGGUUACGUGGACUCUGAGAACCGUAGCCAUAGUCUGCAGCUCCCGCUCAAGAAACUCAUCAUUGCGUUAGAGAAGGACUUAUUUAAGGGCAGCGCGCCGCAACCGGAGCCUGUGCCAGCCAUGUCCAUCAAGCAUGGGCGGAGAUGGACCGACGACGAGGGGUGUGCUCUUCUCGAUGGAUUGCAGCGUUACCAGGGUCGGGAUCGCUACGCUCGAAUCUUAAAACAUUUCGGGGAUCGGCUCCGCGGGCGGACGAUCCGGGGUACGCGCGAAAAAGCGAGACAGUUGCAUGACAAGCUUCUGUCGACGGUGGUCAACCCCGAGGUCCUCCAGACGGAGGAAGGACGGCAACAGUGGUACUGGCUCCUGAGCGUGCGGGAGGAUUGAUGGCUCUUUUUUUUUAAUUUUUUUUUUGUCUUUCUAUUUCCAAUGAUGUAGGAUGGGCGUUUUAUGGCUGAUGUUUUAUACCCCUCUGGUUUAUUGUGAUUUCUCUUGGAGUCUUGUUCAGUUCCGUAAAAGCAAACCCACGCAUCCUCUUGCGGUGAACCAUGGAACCACUGUUUUGGAGACGCGACCACGUCAACAAUAGUUUAUGACCCGUUG